AUGUCUGCACUUCGAAAGAAAUUUGGGGACGAUUAUCAGGUAGUGACCACCUCAUCUAGCGGGUCUGGAUUCAACCAGCCUCCCCCGGAGAAGAAGAGGAAGAGGCAGCGGUUCGUGGAUAAGAAUGGGCGAUGUAACGUCCAGCAUGGGAACCUGGGUGGUGAGACCAGCAGAUACCUCUCAGACUUAUUCACGACACUGGUAGACUUGAAAUGGCGCUGGAAUCUGUUUAUCUUCAUCCUCACCUACACGGUCGCGUGGCUCUUCAUGGCCUCUAUGUGGUGGUGCAUCGCCUACAUCCGAGGGGACCUCAACAGGGCGCACAACGACAAGUACACUCCAUGCGUGGCCAACGUGUACAACUUUCCCUCAGCCUUCCUCUUCUUCAUAGAGACCGAGGCCACCAUAGGCUACGGUUACAGAUACAUCACGGACAAAUGCCCCGAGGGGAUCAUUCUCUUUCUGUUCCAGUCGAUCCUCGGAUCGAUCGUCGAUGCCUUUCUGAUCGGCUGCAUGUUCAUCAAGAUGUCUCAGCCCAAGAAAAGGGCCGAGACGCUGAUGUUCAGUGAACAUGCAGCCAUCUCCAUGCGGGAUGGGAAACUAACUCUCAUGUUCAGGGUCGGUAACCUGCGUAACAGCCAUAUGGUUUCUGCGCAGAUCCGCUGCAAAUUGCUGAAAUCUCGCCAGACGCCCGAAGGCGAGUUUCUUCCGCUGGAUCAGCUGGAGUUGGACGUGGGUUUCAGCACUGGGGCCGACCAGCUCUUUCUCGUCUCACCGCUCACGAUCUGCCAUGUGAUCGACACGAAAAGCCCCUUCUAUGACCUCUCCCAGAGGUCCAUGCAAACGGAGCAGUUUGAAAUUGUGGUGAUACUAGAAGGGAUAGUAGAGACGACAGGGAUGACCUGCCAAGCGAGGACGUCUUACACAGAGGACGAGGUCCUUUGGGGACACCGCUUCUUCCCAGUCAUCUCCUUGGAGGAGGGCUUCUUUAAGGUGGACUACUCUCAGUUCCACGCCACAUUCGAGGUGCCCACUCCUCCGUACAGCGUGAAGGAGCAGGAGGAGGCUUUGCUCCUCUCCUCGCCCCUAAUGGCUCCAUCCCUGUGCAACAGCGGGGAGAAGAACAGCUCCCUGGACUGCCUGGAGACGCUGGAAGACAAUGACAGCACCACCAAGCUGCCCACCAAGCUCCAGAAGAUCACGGGACGGGAUGGCCUGCCCAAGAAGCUUCUGAGGAUGAGCUCCACCACCUCAGAGAUGACUUACAGCUUCGGAGACCUGCCCAUGAAGCUGCAGCGAAUCAGCUCUGUUCCUGGCGUCUCUGAUGAUAGGUUGGGCGGUAAGGCCUCCAAGAUCAGCACAGAGCCCAUGAGCAAGUCGGUGGCGGACUUACCUCCCAAGCUGCAGCGACUGGCUGGGGGAGGUGGGGGCAGGAUGGACGGACACCUACCGCCCAAACUCAGAAAGAUGAAUUCAGAUCGCUUUACAUAAAGCAGGCGACAUAUUUUAACUUCUGCCAUCCACCUUUAUUCCCCUACCUGAAGUCCUUGUACUAUUCCUAAUUUAUUAAGGAACAAUAUUCUUAUAUUAAAAGAAAUGUAGAAUAUGUGCACAAAUACCUUAUAUAAAGUAGGGUGAUGGAAUUGAGAACAUUUGUCCCUGGAUGUAAGUGUACAUGCUAUGAUGAAAGAUCUCUGACUUUCUUUUUUAGGACGAUGUACAAUUAGCACAAUCUGGCAUGUAAGAAACAGCGCAUGUAGAACUGAAUCUCACUAACUUCUGGCAUGUCAUUUAUUGAUAUAUUACUUUACAUGAACAAUUUCAUUGGUAAAUUGACUGAUGGUGAAAAAUUGCACAAAGCCAUAUGAUUUACAAUGUGGAGAACUUCACAUCACAUGGUUCUGAUUUGUGGUGGCGAAAGGCACAUAACGUUUGUUUUCAGUUGAUUGCUUUUGUUGUUUAACGUAAAGUUGUGGCAAUGUUAUGUUGAUUGCAUGCUCCUCUUAUUGACUUAGCUAUAUGAAGGUAAUAGACAAAGAUGUUUAGCCUUAACUAUAUUACCUUGUUUCCAUUUUCACGUUUGUUCACAGCUGUAUUUUUGGUAUUUCAUAUAUAGACUAUUUUACCAUGUGCGAUUUUAUGAUUUUAUUAGUUGAUCAAAUCCCGAAUAUGUUGCCAGAUGAUGUAUUUUACGUUGGAAAAUGCAUUAUCUGCAUCAUAUGACCUGUCUGAACUGGGCACAAUGCGACAUAACUUCACUUGCUUAUUAAAGUAACACUUAAGUUGAAAGAGUCAAUAUUUGUACUUGAUAAGCACAAAGCAAUCAUUCUAUACUACCCUAUGAUAUUAGAAAGCAUUUAUGGGCUUUUUCUUAUGAAUUAACUGCUUCGGGGCUACAGUUCAGUACUGUGCAGUCACUUUGUUUUUACUACAAAGUCAGUGUAGUAAUCUGCAGUAGGCCUGUGGAGUCAUAUUAGACACGCCAUUAGAAUUUCAACUUAGGUGUUACUAGAUUUAGAGGUGGGCCUGUAACGGUCCACAUCCUCUCUCCUCUGUGAUAGCAAUAAUAUUAUAAUGACUAUAAUCUUUAUAUAGCCACAGGGUCAACCACAGCCCGAUAUCCAUCCUGUUUACUGAAUCCAUGCCAUAAAAUCUGGUUUUCUCUAAAUGCAUCAAAGACAUUGUAUGAUAUCCAAUCUCUUCAGGAAUAAAGAUCUAACUAACUGUUAAGCAUCUUGCUACUUUGACCAGAUGCAAUGCAUGCAUUUCCAGUUCUAAUAUAUUGUUAUAAAUAAGCCUAUAUUGCAGGGGGUGGUCAAAAUGAAGGAAGAGCAACAACACUCUUACCUCACUGGAUAGAGCCUGCGCAGCUGCAUCUACCACCAUAUAAGUCUAAUCAUCACCCAAAGCAAAGCAUAUUCAAAUCAUUUUCACCUGAAAGGAAUAGGGACACUGUGGGAAAUAUGAUUAUUUGCCUUUCUGCCAAGAGUUAGAUGAAAAGGUUGACAUCACUCUCACAUCUGCACAGUUAACAUGAAGCUUUAUAGCCAGCAGCAAGUUAGAUUAGAGCAUAAAGACUGGAAACAUGUCAAAUACCUAACCUGGCUCUGUUCAUGCUAUAUUUAAUUUCUUCAAUCUGUUUGUUCCGUCCAUUUGAAAGGCCAAAGUGUAAAAACAACACACUAUUAUAAAUGGUAAAUUGCUGUUAUAACACAUUUAUUAUAUAAACAAGAUGUAACAUGCUAAAAAGCAAAAGGUAGAUUGUGUUACCUUUGAUCAGAAACAAUCCAGACAUUUCCUGUACUUCAAGUUUGUAUGCUAAGCUAAGCUUACAGGGUAUUAGCCAUAGCCACAUACUGUAUAAAGCCUGACCAUAGACUGUAUGUGAAGAUGGAUCCACUUGUACCCGCAAUCCAGAAUUGAAGCCACAAGAUCCUAGAUACGAACGUCACCGUCUUGUGCAUUUGGAGCCCGUCUGUGUGGUAGUGAUCGGGGGAUGGAGCAGCAGUUGCAAGGUUCCAGUCGAUGCACACACUCAUUUUCAUAGCAUCAAACAAAUAAUUAAAACCAAACCUACGAGGAAAAAUGAGCACUUGAACAAGCAUCAGUGUGAUAAGAACUACCUAACAUGACAAAAACCAUCUCCAAACAAUUUUUGAUCACUUUUUAGUUUGGUCCAUGUACCAUCCAUUGUCAUGGAGGAGGUAGGAUUUAUUACAUGUACUGCAGCCAGCCACCAGGUGGUGAUCAAGAUGCUUUGGCUCCACUUUUGGGAGCAGUCAUGCGUCCAUCUUUGUACACAUCCUAUGAGCUUGACCACAAUAUAGAUUUUUGAAAGACAUAAGCACUUGAAAAAAGUGAUACAGAUACAGAGAGGCAGCUUCAUAGCAGCACUCAUUAAUGAAGCUUUUAAAUAAAACAACUAAGCGUGUUACAGUGAAAUGUUUGUAAUAGUGUUAACAUGAAAGUUAGGAUGAAGAUGAAGAUUUUCAUGUGUAGAAAGGACGGAGGAAGUGUUGCAUGAUACAGCUUCUCUUUACUGAGGUAGA